ACACGGCUUUUGGACCUCUAGAGGGUGGGGGUGCAUGAGCCAAAAAUGACACGUAUUGUGCGUUAAGCGGCUUUUCAGACAUGACGUCCACAAUAAGUCCGAAGGUAGGCGACCCGGUCCGAAGACAUCCGGGGGCCGAGCAGCACAGCAGCAGAGAAACACACCAACAAUGGUAGCGCGGUGACUUGAGCUCCAGCUCGUCCGUGGCGCCGGAGUUACCACAGCAACAAAACACCUGCUGGAAACCUGCUCUGAACCUGGAGACACACAUUUCAUUACAGGUACUCACAUCUUCUUGAAGUCCACCGUGGUGUACUCGGGCCAGUCGAUGUAGCAGACGGUGCGUCCGGGCAGCAGCGCCGUGGACGAGAAGUAGUACUGAGGGAAGGCGAGCAGCAGAGCCAGAACCCAGAUCACAGCCAUCACCACGCGGGUCUCCGUAGACGUCAGCCUCUGCUGCAGCGGGUGGAUGAUGGCCAUGUAUCUAACAGGUGGACAUGGGGGGACAUUUUCUGGAAACCAGUUCUUCAGAGCCAUCUGGUGGUGACACCAGCUGACACAGAUCAAGAGUUGGCUGGUCCAGUGUUUGACUGCCUCAAGCUGCCAUGAUGAGCAUGGCUCCACCAUGUGGAUGGAUCAUCAUGACUUGCAGCGAGGGAGAAGUAGAGGUCACAGACGCUACGAUGAUGAUGAAGAGGCCCAGCCGGUCUACAUCGGCGUUCCAGUUUCCCACAGACGGAAGAAGCGCAGACAUCAUUCCUACGGCAGCGACCCCGACCGUGACUCACGGCACUCGCACUACGAUCACCACACACACCGUGAACGUGAACACUCGCACCGCGAAUACUACCACGACAGAGAGGAGCACUACGACGAUGACGAGGGCAGCGCAGAGCGUCACGAGCACGCCGACCCCUCAUCAGUAUCUCCUGCAGCAGAGCGUCUGCGCCACAUACUGGGGGAGGAUGACAGCACGCCGACACCCACAUUAUUCACUGAGAUGGACACACUGCAGCAGGAGGGCGGCGAAUUAGAGUGGAAGGAGUCUGCAAGGUGGGUGAAAUUUGAGGAGAAGGUGGAGGAGGGAGGAGAGAGAUGGAGCAAGCCUCACGUGUCCACGCUGACCCUCCACAGCCUGUUUGAGCUCAGGACCUGUCUGCAGACAGGAAGCAUUCUGCUCGACCUGGAGGGCUACUCGCUGCCGCAGAUCGUGGAUGAGAUCGUGGAUCGGCAGAUAGCUGACGGUCUCAUCGCUCCGGAUCUAAAGGAGAAGAUCAGCUUUGUGUUGCUCAGGAAGCACCGUCAUCAGACCAAGAAACCGAUCCACCGCUCGCUGGCAGACAUCGGGAAGUCCUCCAACGCCGGCCGUAGUCCUCAGGUUAAUCUGAGUCAUAGCGCUAGUUCAGCUUCUGGGAUCCACCGCUCCACAGAAGACCUACGCUCUCGCAGCCUCGGCCGCCUGCAUCCUGCCCAGAGCCGAAGCAUGAAUGAUAUUUCAGACACACCAAGCACAGACCAGCUGAAGAAUAAGUUCAUGAAGAAGAUUCCUCGUGAUGCCGAAGCUUCCAACGUCCUGAUCGGUGAGGUGGAUUUUCUGGAAAAACCCUUUGUCUCCUUCGUACGUUUGGCUCAGGCCACGACUCUGGGAGGCCUCACCGAGGUCCCGGUGCCGACGAGGUUUCUCUUCAUCCUGCUGGGCCCUCACGGCAAAACCAAGUCCUAUAAUGAGAUCGGCAGAGCUAUCGCUACGCUCAUGGUGGACGAUCUGUUCAGUGACGUCGCCUAUAAAGCCAGGGACCGUGAAGACCUGAUUGCAGGUGUGGAUGAGUUUCUGGACGAGGUGAUUGUCCUCCCUCCGGGGGAAUGGGAUCCAAAAAUACGCAUCGAACCUCCCAAGAAAGUUCCAUCGGCAGAAAUGAGGAAGUCGGUGCUGAAUCUGAACGAGUUGGGUCAAAUGAACGGCUCGGCCGGCGGAGCAGCUGGAGGAGAAGAUGAAGAGUUUCCGGCUCCACACGAGCUCGGAGAGGAGCUGAAAUUCACUGGGAGGUUUGCAGGUGGCUUAUGGCUGGACAUCAAACGGAAGAUCCCGUGGUUUUGUAGUGACAUCUACGACGGCUUCCAUAUCCAGUCCAUCUCUGCUGUGCUCUUCAUCUACCUGGGCUGCAUCACCAAUGCCAUCACGUUUGGAGGACUGCUCGGGGACGCUACCGACAAUUACCAGGGAGUGAUGGAGAGUUUCCUCGGCACGGCUCUAGCGGGGACCGUCUUUUGUUUUGGUGGCCAACCCCUCAUCAUCCUCAGCUCAACUGGACCCAUCCUCAUCUUUGAGAAACUGCUUUAUGAUUUCAGCAAGAGCAACGGGAUAGACUACAUGGAGCUGCGUCUGUGGAUCGGCAUUCACUCGUGUCUCCAGUGUUUCCUGCUGGUGAUCACAGACGCCAGCUACAUCAUCAAAUACAUGACCCGCUUCACAGAGGAGGGUUUCUCCAGCCUCAUCUCCUUCAUAUUCAUCUCUGAUGCCAUCAAGAAGAUGGUAGGAGCCUGGAAGUAUUACCCGAUCAACCGAGGCUUCAAGCCGGACUUCAUCACUGCCUACAAGUGUGAAUGCAUCGCACCAGACCAGGCAUCUGCGCUGGGCUUGAAUGUUUCAGCUCCACUCGCAGAUGAUAACAUGACUCUGCUGUUUAACUUGACAGACCUGGACUGGAGUAUGCUGAGUAAGAAAGAGUGUGUGAAGUAUGGAGGUAUGCUGGUGGGGAACUCCUGUAAGUAUGUUCCCGAUUUGGCCCUCAUGUCCUUCAUCCUCUUCUUUGGCACCUACUCCAUGACCGUUUCCCUCAAGAAGUUCAAGUUCAGCCGCUACUUCCCGACAAAGUUCCGCUCCCUGAUCAGUGAUUUCUCCAUCAUCAUUUCCAUCCUGGUCUUCUGUGGACUGGAUAACCUGAUGGGGCUGGACACCCCCAAACUGCACGUCCCCACUGAGAUCAAGCCCACGCGUCCUGACCGCGGCUGGUUGGUGAUGCCGUUUGGUAAGAACCCCUGGUGGUGGUACGUGGCCAGCUUCGUUCCCGCUCUCCUGGUCACCAUCCUCAUCUUCAUGGACCAGCAGAUCAGCGCCGUCAUCGUCAACCGCAAAGAAAACAAACUGAAGAAAGGUUGUGGCUACCACUUGGACCUGUUCUGGGUGGGUGUGCUGAUGGCUGCGUGUUCCUUCAUGGGUCUGCCGUGGUACGUAGCAGCGACCGUCAUCUCCAUCGCACACAUCGACUCUCUGAAGAUGGAGAGCGAGUCCAGCGCGCCGGGAGAGCAGCCACAGUUCCUCGGAGUCCGGGAGCAGAGGUUGACGGGUAUUCUGGUGUUCGUUCUCACCGGACUCUCCAUUUUCCUCGCUCCUAUUCUCCAGUACAUCCCCAUGCCCGUCCUGUAUGGAGUGUUCCUUUACAUGGGAGUGGCCUCACUGAGCGGCAUCCAGUUCUGGGAGCGUAUCAAGCUGUAUCUGAUGCCGCCCAAACACCAGCCAGACUUCUCCUUCCUGCGUCACGUUCCUCUGAGACGAGUCCAUCUCUUCACCCUCGUCCAGAUCAUCUGUCUGGCUGUCCUCUGGAUCCUGAAGUCCACCUUCCUGGCCAUCAUCUUCCCAGUAAUGAUUCUGGGUCUGAUGGUCGUGAGGAAGCUGCUGGAUCUGAUGUUCUCACAACACGACUUGGCAUGGCUGGACGACAUCCUGCCGGACAAAGACAAGAAGAAGAAGGAGGACGACAAGACGAAGAAGAAGGAGAAGAAGGCGGCGGAGCCAGAGAGCGACGAGGAGCCGAACAGCUCUGUCCCCCCUCCAGUGAAGAUUCCCAUGGAGGCUAUAGAGCCCCCCACAGAGCCAGUCCCCGUCCCUGUUAACCCCCCCACCCUAAACCCAGCCUCUGAUUCAUCACUCUGCACCUGAAGAUCUCCUGCCCAGACUCACCUGCCCACUCCCAGACCUCCAGCCUCGCCCCCGGGGACGCUCCGUCAUACCUGCAGCCGCCUCUGCUGCCGCCGCCGCCGACACGCCCGCCCGUGCCCCAGGUCAGCAUCCAGGUGGACUCGGACUGCGAGGAGUCGGCCUUCUACUCCAGACAACCACAACCACACCUCCGCAUUCAUUCCUCUCAGGACCGGCUGCCUGCACCUGGAAAACACAGAGACUCUCAUCACAAACUGCACGCUCACUUCGGCGACUCCUGCGCUGAGACCAUCCUGUAGUAGACGCCCCGUUUACAGGUGUGAUCGUCAUCCUGUAGACGUUCCGUUUACAAGUGUGAUCGUCAUCCUGUAGACGCGCCGUUUACAGGUGUGAUCAUCAUCCUGUAGACGCAACGUUUACAGGUGUGAUCGUCAUCCUGUAGACGUUCCGUUUACAAGUGUGAUCGUCAUCCUGUAGACGCGCCGUUUACAGGUGUGAUCGUCAUCCUGUAGACGCAACGUUUACAGGUGUGAUCGUCAUCCUGUAGACGCAACGUUUACAGGUGUGAUGGUCAUCCUGUAGACGCAACGUUCACAGGUGUGAUCGUCAUCCUGUAGACGUUCCGUUUACAAGUGUGAUCGUCAUCCUGUAGACGCGCUGUUUACAGGUGUGAUCAUCAUCCUGUAGACGCAACGUUUACAGGUGUGAUCGUCAUCCUGUAGACGUUCCGUUUACAAGUGUGAUCGUCAUCCUGUAGACGCGCCGUUUACAGGUGUGAUCGUCAUCCUGUAGACGCACCGUUUACAGGUGUGAUCGUCAUCCUGUAGACGCACCGUUUACAGGUGUGAUGGUCAUCCUGUAGACGCAACGU